CUCCGUCUCGGCCGAAGCUCUCAGCAUCACCGUUUCAUUUUUUAUUUUUCUUUUUCUCAGCAGCCGUCCGUUCCCUUUGGUUUGAAGAGAGAGGAGGAGCCGGAGCGAUGGACGGCGAUGGGUUCGAUGUGAUCGUCGUUGGUGCCGGGAUCAUGGGGAGCUGUACGGCCUACGAAGCGGCGAAGCGCGGCCGUAAGGUGCUCCUCCUCGAGCGAUUCGACUUCCUGCACCACCUUGGCUCGUCCCAUGGCGAGUCCCGGACCAUACGAGCCACCUACCCGGAAGAUUACUACGCCUCGAUGGUCCUCGAAUCCUACCGUCUCUGGGAAGAAGCACAGUCGGAGAUCGGCUACCGUGUCCACACCAGGACCUCCCAUUUCGACAUGGGCCCUGCGGCCAACAAGAGCCUCCAGUGCGUGAUCGCCAAUUGCGAGCCGAAUUCGAUCGAUGCUCGCAUCCUCGAUCGAAACCAGAUUCAUGACGUGUUCUCUGGUGCAAUCCAAUUGCCGGAGCAGUGGAUCGGGGUGGUGACCGAUGUCGGAGGCGUGAUCAAGCCGACCAAGGCGGUCGCCAUGUUCCAAGCGUUGGCCAUCGUAAGAGGAGCCGUUCUCAGAGACCACACGGAGGUGAAGGACAUCGGGAGAGACGAACCCGGAGGCGGCAUCUGGGUUGCAACGGCCGGCGGGGAACGGUUCCGGGGGAGGAAGUGCGUGCUCACCGUCGGAGCCUGGAUGAAG